UCUUUACCGCUUUUCCUACCGCUAUUUUUAAUGAGAAUGCUCGAAUUCCAAUGCUUUCUGGUGACAAUUAUGCUGAAUGGAAGGAGAAAGUCUUUCUCACUUUAGGGUGCUCGAAUCUGGACUUGGCACUCCGUGUGGAUGAACUACCUAUUCCCAUGGAAUCAACCCACAUAAGCCAAAGCAUUAGGGGUUCUAUCCCUAAUAGCGAUAAGGUCAAAGCUUAUAUGAAGGCAAUUGAUGAACAAUUCGUAAGCUCUGACAAGGCAUUGGCCAGCACCCUUAUGAAGAGGCUCUCAAGUAUGACUUUCGACGGAAGUCGUAUAGUGCGUGAGCACAUUAUGGAGAAGAGAGACAUUGCUGCUAAACUCAAGUCCUUUGAGGUUGAUAUGUUUGAACCAUUUCUUGUGCAUUUCAUUCUCAACUCACUUCCUGGGAAUAUGGUUCGUUCAAUAUUUCUUACAACACACAUAAGGAUAAAUGGUUAA